AUGGGGAGGCGGCCCCUCGCCAGCGCGGCCGCGUUCGUCGCGCUCGCCGUGCUCCUCCUCGUCGUCGUGGUCGCCGUCCACGGUGCCGGCGUGCCAUCGUCGUCCGUGAUGGCGUCGGUGGGCAACGGCCGCGGCCGUGCCGUCGUCGCAACGGCCAUCUUCGACGCCGCCCGGUGCAAGGAGCAGAGGAAGAAGAAAGCCGGUGGUGCAGCGGCGUGGGCACGCGACGGCGACGAGGACGACGACAAGCAUGUCGUGCCGACCGGCCCAAACCCGUUGCACAACAGAUGA